AUGGCGGGCGCUGCUCUCAAAGCAGAUCUCUCGACAGGGCGUUCACCUUUGAUCGACAUUCUUCCUGGGGAGAUUCGCAAUCAGAUCAUCGAGCUGUGUAUUCUUGGAACUUUGAAAAGCCCCAGAUCGCCAACGUCACAGUCGAAGAAGAGCGGUAUUACAGUAUCAAUUCUGCCCAGAUGGAACGGCCCCGGUAACUUGCGCAUGAGUGGCAUUGGUACCUUGCCGCUGCUAUUCGUCAACAAGCAACUUCAUGAUGAGGUCCUCUCAUUCGUUGAUUCCUUGGUCGAGGAGCUGUCAAUAGGUGGAUACAUCUUGCAAUAUCCGAAUGAGGACCCUAGACUUCGAUGGAACCUCGUCUAUUCGCUCUUAGCAAACCGACCCACUUUACAGAGAUUUGCACCAAGUAUCAAGGUCUCUCUUCCUCGUGGCGAUGACGAACUCUCCCGCCGCCAUUGGGCCUGUUUAGGUCUCCCGGCUCCCAAGGAGACUGGCCCACAAAAAUCUUUGCUGGUGCUGCAAGAUCUGGAGCAAUGCCUUCGCAAAUUCACAGGUUGCGAGAGAUUGGUGGUGGUUGUCACCGUUGAAGAGUCCGAGCCUCCAGACUUUAGAAAACUCUUGCCCCUCUAUGCAUAUUUCCAAAAUCGAAUCACAGUUGACAUUACUGAGCCGGGUUUUUUCUCGCCCAAUCACCGGACUCGCAUGCUACCUUGGGUUGAUAAAUGGAGACUUGCCUGGGCGGUGUGCAUCUCUGGCGCCGGAGGAUGA